GGCCGGGUGAGCAGCCGGAGCUCGGAGGAGCGUCUUCGGUUCGUUCGAAUGUUCGAGAAGUUCGGCAAUGCGGAGCGUGUCAGGCUCCAUCCCAAUUCCUUCGAGGCGCUUACCCAGGACUUCGGACUAUUAGAAAAACAACAUCCUCGUGCUUUCAAGAGAAUCAAGUGUCUGGAACUUGAUACCAGCUGGUAUAAUGUUGAACCC